CACACACACACACACACACACACACCCCUAAAAUUUCCCAGCACAGAAAUAAAUGAUAGCUACUGCGUUAUAUUUUUCUAAAUACAAUUUGCAGUUCAUUUGUGUCAUUUUAUUUUUAUAAAUGUAACAUUAAAAAAAUCUAAGUAUUAUUCUAUAAAGAUUAUAUCAGACACCUUGUAACAAAAACAUCUCAGAAUGCAGAGUAAUGCAAAAACAUUUUUAAACCUAUUUUCCCAACUUUCUUACUUCCUAAAUAAUGCUUAACUUUUCAAUAAAAUACAGUUUAAAGAUUUUAUGCAUUUAAAAAAAAUAUGCAUUGUUUGUUUGGCCUUUACAGAUGGAAUAUUUUUUUAUUUUUUUUGUUCUACAACCAUCUCAAUUUGUUGACUGUGCACAGGUGCUGUCCCUGCCGCUACGGAUCUACUACUAUCUGAACGACGUCUGGCCUUUUAGUAAUUUUCUCUGCCUCGUCUGCUUCUAUCUAAAAUAUGUCAACAUGUAUGCCUCCAUCUACUUCCUGGUGUGCAUCAGUAUGCGCCGCUGCCAGCUCAUCAUUUGUCCGCUGUCGUACAACUCGUCAAGGCAAAAAGGAGACCCUUUGAUUUGUGUGUUUGGCUGGCUGCUGGUCUGUUCCUCUUGUCUGAUAUUCCCUUUGCUGAGGAACCCCAGUUCGGACAGCAAUGUAAAUGUUUCCCAGCAGUGUUUCUUAGAGCUGCCUAUGAGACCUGUCAGCCCUACAGCAGUCUGGGCCCUCCUAAUAGUUGCAGAACUGUUUGGCUUCAUCAUUCCCCUCAUCUUUGUGUUUGUCUGUGCCUGUUUGACUGCUGGUAGCCUCCGAAAGGUAACGACAGAGGCUUUUCCUGACAGGGGGGAGAAAAAGAGGGCGUUAAAGAUGGUGCUAAGCUGUGCUGUUGUCUUCUUAUUGUGUUUUGCACCUUACCAUAUCACUUUGCCCCUGGACUUUCUGGCAAAAGUCAAAGCACUGAAUGACUGCGCCCUUAGAGACACGAUCCAGCGAUGCCACACUGUGAACCUCUGCCUUGCCAGCCUGAACUGCAGCCUCGAUCCACUCAUUUACUACUUCACAAGCGAUGAAUUUUGGAAGCGACUGAAUAAACCAGAGAUACCAGACAGCAUGAACUUUAACAGGCGCCUGUCUUGCAUAACUGGCGGAGAGGACACAGAUGAGGACGACUGAUCUUAUCGCUGUUGUUAAUGGACCACCAUCUUAUUCGUGACCAACCAAGAAAAUAUGAUGUAUGCAUAAAUAAGUGAAAAUGUGAUUUUUAUUUAUUUACUUGUAAUUAAAACAGAUAUUUUUUUACAUUUAAUGAGCGAUGAGUUUCUUUCGUGAAGAACUGUAGGUAUCAGCUUCCAACAGACAUCAGGAUAUAGAACAAAAUGUUUAAAACAGACAAAUUUCUUAAAUUCAAUGACAUGAUCAGGAGAGCCAAAAAGACGGGGCAGUGGCCACACCUUAAAAAA